AUGAGCUUCUCUCUCACAUUCACCGAGCUGGUCAACGUAGCCAUACCACAGUGUGGGGUAGUGAACUUCAAGGCCCUUCAUCUUGUGCUCCAGGGCAUCCUAGACCACAUCCAAAUCUCUGAGCUCAAAAAAGUCCUUUCAGGGGAAGAGGAUUUCCUUCAAACUUCGCCGGUGGUGAUUAUGCCCAGGGAAGGAGAUGCCCAGCCCAUCAUCAACCCAAUGAAGAGGCUUAGCAACAUCUUUGACCAUGUGGUAGACCGCAUUGACAAGAUAGAGGCCAAACUGGCUGAGCUGCAGGACAAACCCACAACCACACAGCUGGUAGAGGAUAGCUACGGGAACAAACGUCCCGCUGAGGAAAUGUGGCAAAAUAUCAAGAUCCAGAAGAGGAUAGAAGGCAACGAGAGAGCCGCAGAAAAGUUUACCAAGACUCUGCAGGAUCUGCUCAGUGACCUUCAUAUACUCAAGAGCACUGUUGAAACUGUUCAGAAGGAUGUGGACACAAUUAAGUUCAUAUUUGAAAAGGUAAACCCACAAAAAGUGGAACUUCUCGGUGACGACUUGAAAAUACAGAACCGGAAGUUGGGUGCCCUGCAGCGGGAAGUGGUUACCCUCCAGAACAAGGUUCGUGCUGUCCCCCAACCUGAGGAGUUGGUGCUCUGGAGUGGCCUCCACGAGGCCAUGUUCAGUCCGGAACAGCAAAAGCUGGAAGUGGAGCCGUCAGGUGUAUGGCCGAGCAUGACCUCUCUUCCAGAGUCUCCUGAGGAUGCUGGCUACAUUCAUGUCCCCAUCCACAGUGCCACCCCUAUACCUACCGUGAAGCAGCUUGGAACCACAGCUGUCCUCAGGCACGAGGAGCUCACUCGGGCUGUUGGACUCCCCGAUUCCCAGGGGAUAGAGCAGGCUCAGGCUUCUGUGUCUCAGACACAGAGUAUGAGACAGCCUGUCCCUGUCCCUGUCCCUGGAUUCGCGCCUGGGCCUGGUUUCAUGCCAGUCUAUGGGCCUAGACCUGGAACGGUUCCUCCAGGUGCAUGGUCCUUACCGCCUAGAGGCUGGGCUAGGGCUUGGCCUAUGUGGGAUAUGGGUCCCUACCAGCCUGGCCUAGGGCCAUUUCGCCCUAUGGGCCAGAUGGCCAGGGCUCGUUUCACAACCGUAGACACUGGAAUACCGUGGAGUCAGCCACUGCUGCAAGAGAUCCACCGGCUCCCAGAUGUUGAAGAAAGAGGGGAUGAAGAUGAGGAAUUCUAUAUGGAAGGCUAUCAGGAAGAGAUGCUUAUGGAUGAGGCACCCCAGGAAGAGAUUGCUGAGUAUGGGGCUCUCGAGGAAGAGAUCCCUACUGAAGGGGCUCCCCAGGAAGAGCCUACAGACGGGGCUCCCAGGGGAAGAGCUGCUCGGGAGAGGGUUUCCAAGGAAAAGGUCUCCAGGUACAGAGCCCCCAAGAGGGCUUCCCAUCAUAAAGCCCCUAAGGAUGUGACUCCCCAAGACGGAGUCACCACAGAUGAGAUUCCUGAAGUCAAAACCCUCAAAAAGAUGAUCUACAAAGACAAACCCCAGAAGGACAAGGCCCCGGAACCACGUCGUAAGGGCCCUCCAUCUGCCCUAAAGAAGUUGAGGUCUGCUGUUGCCAUAGCUGCAGCAGCUGCUGCCGCCUACGCAGCCGCAGCAAACUCAGCUGCCCAGGUAGCCAAAGAUGCCGUCAAGGCCGUCCAGGAUGUUCCUGCAAGCCAGCUGGCUGCCAAAGCAGCACUCAUAGCAUCAUCAGGGCCUUUAGGGGCCUUUGCAGAUUUCCUGGGUGCAGGAUUCGGCCGUGGGGCUACCGCGGGCAUACCCUUUGGUGAAGAUGAGAUGGAAGAGCUUCCUGAAGAGUUUGCAGCACCCUUUAACCCCUUUACACCCAAACCAAUCCUGUCCCAGGCCAUGGUGAAUGCCAUGCAGGCUACAAGUCCUGAAGAAAAGAAAAAGGCUGUACAGUACUCCAUGAGCCAUAUUGCUCAGAUGCCUACCAGACAUGACUCUCUGAAAGAAGAGUUUGCCAAUCUGUCAACCACCUUAAACCAGCGCUUAAAUUACCUAGCUAACAUGGGAAGCUCCGGUGUGCUUGGUAACACAGUCAAUGUACUGGAGGAAAAGAUUGUCAACCUCCAGAAGGCCAGGCUGCAGGAAGAAGAGCUGGAGAGAGUUUGGGGCCACCAGAUAGACACGAUGAAGAGUCACUACAUGGUGCUGGACAGGGCAGUGGAAAGGCUUCAGAUUCGCAUGGAUGACUUGAAGAUCCUCAAGGCUGAAAUUGAAAGGCUGGAUCUGGUUAAGGCAGAUAAAAAAGCAAUGGCUCUGGAGCUGAAUGAGAAAGCUGACAGGGACACGUUGGCAGGCAAGGCCAACAGAGUGGACCUGGAGACGGUGGCAAUGGAGCUGAAUGAGAUGAUUCACAGCAUGCUCCUGAAGAUCACCAACUACGAGUCUGACUGGAAGAAGUCUCUGAAACACAUCAGGAAGGACCUGAACACUAAGCUAGUCCAGAGCGAUCUGAGUAGCCUCAAGAAGGACAUAGAAGAGGUCUGGAAGAUAGUCCGGAAGCUUUUGCUAGAAGGCCUCCGAUUUGACCCUGACAGCGCUGCAGGCUUUAAGAAGAAACUGUUCGAGAGGGUAAAGUGCAUCUCCUGCGACCGGCCCGUGGAGAUGAUGACCGGCCCACAGCUGAUCACCAUCCGCAACACCCAUGGGAUGUCACGAAUAAGGCCAGCCAGUGCCAACAGCUAUGAGUAUCUGCAGCGGCAGCUGAUAAGGGAACAACAGAAGCAGCUGCAUUUCCAGAACUUUGGAGUCCAUGAAGGCUUCCAGAAGGACUGGGGUGAUGGGCCCCGAAAUGAGACCAUCUUGAAGCACAAGUCACAUGACCUGUCAACAGUCUAUCCUUAUGGGGACCCUGAGCUGGUAGACUAUGACACUGCCGAGGUGGACAUCUUGGGGGUGGACGGAGUUCUGUACAAAGGCCGAAUGAGCAGCCAGACUGGGACACAGAUUGGGGAGAAGGACAUUGCAGCUGUCAAAGUUUCAUGUUACACGGUUCCAAACCUGACUGAUCGUGUGCGCCCAGGAUCCUUACUCGCCCCAGGCUACCCACCCUUGGGUCCCCGCACCAGCAUCAGCUCCACUGCCACUCUACACUCUGCCACCAACACCACGAUGGCACGGCCACCAUCCCUGCCACCAGUGCCGCAGCUACCACCACUGAUCCCAGUCUCGAGGGAUCCCCAAGAGGCCCCUGGAUCCGCCAAGCGCUUGAAAUCUCCACGGCUGUAA